AUGGAAUGCAGAUUAGUUUUAUAUAAUCGAACUGAUGACGAUUUAAACCAUGACUAUAUGAGUGGUUGGCUUCACCAACAAUUAAAAUAUUAUAAAUAUCGUCGAAUUCCAGGACAAAAUGGAAAAUCCAUUUUCUAUCUUUUCUUCCGAAAGGAAGAAGAUACAUAUGCUGCUCUCCGAGCAGCAAAGUUAAUAAAGCAUAUCUCACUCGUGAGAUAUAAUCCAUCGAAUCCUGUAAUGUUCGACUUACCAUUUCGUCCAUUUUCACCACAGCAUAUCAUAGAUAUUUGCCGAUACUCUUUCAAGAAGUAUCUUGAUAAAUUCAAUAAUGUGGAUCUUUUCAAGACUUUUAUUCGUCGUCUUGCUGAGCAAAUCAUGGCUCAGUGCAUUAAGAAACAUGAAAUAUAUGAGCGAAUCGCAAAGCUAUUUACAUGGUGGUGGAUGAAUGAUAAAUUCAGAGUAAAAAACAAUUACGCAAUUCAAAAACUGUUAGAUGUCUUCUUUAUUUAA